UCCGUUCGCUACCUGCCUCCAUUCCGGUCCUUUCUCCGACUCAAUGCUUCGGCUCCCGACUGGCUAAUCCCUCUCCAGUCCGCGCGCUGGCGGGGACGUUGCCCUAUCUCUCCCCCCUGCUUUAAUCGUUCAUGCACACGUCGUCUGCACUCUUUCUGCCAGGAAUUGCAGAUGCGAACAGUUAGCGACCUGCUAUAUACGUGGUUGUGAUACCCACCUGCCAUAGCUGUGAUACCCAGUCCUUUCCAAAUCCCCAUGCCCAGAGUUCCGGUCAACAUGGCAGAUUUUCUCGCCUUCCAUAAUUAUUAUUCUCGCCACAACUUCCUCGCACCCUCUACAAUGCUUCCGCGCCCGACCAGCCACAAACGCACCAACUCAUCCGAGAAUAACUCCCUCUCCCCCGAUAAGACCGUGACCAAAGCCAGGUCCACAAAUGAUCUUUCUGGAUUCAAUACUGAAAAGCCGACACCAGGUGUUCGUUCCUCCAGUGUAGGCAACUUUCAUGAAAGCAGCUUCAGCACCCUGAAGGACCCGAGGCUGGCCAGUACCUCGGAAGAGGAGGAGGUGCCAGUUCCAUCGCCGUCGCAUCACCCGGAUCUCAAUAAUGAGGUUGCUGCGUUGAGCCUGAAGCUUGUCCAGGCAAUCAACAACCAGACCACCCUUGAUGACAAUCUCGUCGCUACCCGGCAGGAGCUGGAGCAGGCUCAAGCUAAGGUCCGGGUGCUCGAGGUGGAGAAUGAAAAGCAUCGCCGUGAUAUUGCUCAGGAAGUCCUGAUCAAGAAGUCCGAUGUCGACUACGAAAUGCUGCGCAUACAGGCUGCCUUGGCGGAGGAGAAGGCCCAGCGCGCACUAGUGGAAAAGGAGAAGAAGGGUAUCGAGCAAGAACUAGAAACAUUGACGGCCGCGCUUUUCGAAGAAGCCAACAAGAUGGUUGCUGCCGCGAAGCUUGAGCGUGAAGCUGUCGAAAAGAAGAACGAGCAGCUGCGUUCUCAAGUGAAAGACACCGAAGCGCUCCUUACAUCGCACCAGGAACAACUGGCGGAAUUGAAGUCUGUUCUGCAGGCACUGAACAUCUCUAAAGAUGAUAUUGAUGCCCGCACGAUCGCGUCGACCGCCCCGUCCUCCCCUGCGGUAACACGCCAUUCUAUGCCCAUUAAUAGAAACAUCGAGACUCCUGGCAUCCCGGAGGAAGUGGCACCAUGCGAAGAACUUGCUCCAGGCCCGUCUACCAGCUUUCCACAUCUAAUCAAGUCUGUUUGCCGGACAGAUAUACAGGCAUACGAGGAUUUCCGGGAACUGUUUACUACUUCUAGACUUUCCAAGCCACCCAGUCGGGCCACAAGCGGGUCUUAUUCCGGCUUGAACGUCAUGAGCCUGGCUGGCCUGAGCAGCGGUAGCUUCGGUUCAACAUCUUCUUCGCCCGCAAAAUCGCAGACGCACUCUCCCAAUGGAAGUGUAUCUUCUCCCCAGCCCGUGACUUCUCACAUUCCUCUCAAGGAGACCCGUUUCUACAAGCGGGUGGUUACGGAAGAUGUGGAGCCGACGCUCCGGCUUGAUGCUGCUCCGGGAAUAUCAUGGCUAACUCGACGCUCGGUGUUGAAUGGAAUCUGCGAUGGAAGCCUUUUGGUUGAGCCGAUGCCACCUUCGGCGAUGAAGUAUGAGUUCCCAUGCUCGCUGUGUGGCGAGCGCAGAUCUGGUUCCGUCAAUGAGCGAACCCAUCGUUUCCGGACUUCUGACAGCGAGACCGCUCAGAGAUACCCUCUAUGUGUGCUGUGUCUAGAGAAAGUGCGUUCGUGUUGCGAGUUCACUGGGUAUCUUCGUCUCAUUCUUGAUGGACAUGUUCGCAUUGGCGACACAGAAGAGGAGAAGGAUGCUUGGGAUGAAACGAUCCGACUGAGAGAAAGGAUGUUUUGGUCGCGCAUUGGCGGGGGGAUCAUUCCUCUUUUCAGUCAAUCCAUUGACUUCCCAGAGAGCAUUCCCACCGAGGCAGAGGAUCCCAUACAGCCUAUCUCCUACCGCCGCCAUGACUCUCGCCAAUCCAUUGCCUCGAGGGCUUGCGAGAGCAUGACCAUUCUAACUGAGGAUGCUGGUGAAUCUGACGACGAACACCAUCACGAGGACGGCGAUGACCCAUUUGUGUCGGCCCCUUCCGAGUCGGAGUCUACAGAGAGCAGCGCUGCACCCUCGCCAACCGAAGUUAACACACCGAUGGCUCUCGGGGAUGAUUCGCAUGAGCAGACUACUGUGCGGGUAGUCACAUCGGAGACUGGCCAUGUUGAAGAGAGCGACACGGGCAAACCUACAAUUACGAUUGAGGAACCAUUUGCCAACCACGACGCCACAAAGAGCGGUGAUAAUUGAUAUGAUCGAUGCUGAUUUGACCCAUGACUACCACCAUUCAGACGGACACAUUCGCUGUCUCCUUUUUCAUUUUUGAGCCUUGCUUUCUUGAUUUCCGAUCAUCGUCUGCGCACUUUUGCACCUUCUUCUCUUUUUCUAUAUCCCAUGCAUGUCUGCUUGCCUAAUUCCUCACCGAUCCAGUCCUUCGUACCAAGACAUUAUCAGGCAA